AUGCUCCACCUGCGCACCCUGAGAAGCUGCUGUCCUGGCCGACUGUUCCAUCGUAGCAGCCUCGUGUUCCAGGACCAGGUUCUCCAGCAGCUCCAGGUCUGCAGCACUGAGGAGCACAUUUUCGACGUGGUUGGGAAGAACAAGGCCAAGUUGGCUGUACAGCAUGUGGGCUGCGCCAUGGGUCUGCUCUGGCAGUUUCAGAAGGAAAAACCUCAGAUGCUGAGGGCUAUCGACUACGUCCGUGGUCACCCGCAGUUCCUGACGCUCCGUGUCCUGGCAGAGAACAAGAUUAGCCUCAUGGAUGAUGUUACAGUGGUGGACACGCUGUACAAUGUACUGAGGCUUAAUGUGGAACCCCAUGAUUCUCUAGUCCAGCAGUUGGUGAUAGAAGCUUGGAACCGACUAGACAGAUUUCAGAUGACAGCCUUAUCGAAGUUUGCUAUCUGCCUGAGUGACCAGUACCUGCAGUACAGUCCAAUUAUGGGUCACAUCACAGAGAUAAUAAAUCAGAACCUGGAUUCCAUCGACGAUAUCAGGGUGCUGUCUACGCUGAUGAUCAGCGUUUCUCCUUUGGUCUCCCCUCACUUACGGGAUGCACUGAUUGCAAAAGCAGAUGUUCUUUUGGACUCUAUGGAUACCUCCCAGUUUAACAAUCCCAGAAGAGUGGUCCAGUUCCUCCGCAACAUCAAAUGCAACCAUCGGCCCUUGCUGGAGAAAUGCAACCAAGUCCUUCUCCGGAACGUUCCCCACAUGGACGCUGAGAACAUCAGCAUCGUCCUGGGAUUGUACCAGUCGCUCCAGUUCAAUAACUGUGAUUUCCGUUUGGCUGCCAAACAGAGGCUGAUGGAGCUGGUGGACACCAGCACUGACCCAGUGUCCUUCACUAAGCUCUUUGCUGCCCUUGGACCUAUGGCUGGGCAGGCUACUAGAGAGGGGUUAGAGAAUACAGCGUUACUACUGGCUGAUGAGCUGAAUGCCCAGCAGGCCUUGGCAGUGGUAGAGACCCUGGAGGAGAUUCAGUGUCGGAACCUUCAGCUGAUCAAUAAAAUUUCCUCUGUGCUGUACAAGAAUCUGGAAGUCUUCAGGUCUGUUGAGAUUGCCAGGAUCACCCAGGCUUUAAUUCUCCUUCACUGUCAGAACUCAGAGAUCUUCUCCAGAAUAAGGAUUAUUCUGUUACGUUACCUACAGGACAGUGUUUUUCCAUACGAGGUGACCAUGCUGACCCGCGUCCUCUCCAUGCUGCCGUCUCCGAGGCUGGACGAGGUCGUGCUUUCACGCGUCAACGCCGUCUUGCCUCAGUGUAACCUCAACGACCUCAGCACCUUCACCGUAGCUAUAGCCAAGUGGAUCCGCAGCGACCCGUCCUACCGACACAACACUCCCAGCAAAUACGUGCGCCUGCUCCAGACCCUCAACCACUGCGCCCAGGAGCGCUUGCACAAAGCCGACCGCCUGGACAUGGUUCUGGAGGAGCUGAAAUACAUCUCGGGAGAGUGGUUUGAGGAGAUUCUCUUGGAGGAAACCAUGGUUACGCUUCAGAGGCUUGUAGAUCAGGUAUCAUGGACCAAUGUUCCGGAACUAGCGCUGUUCCUUACCAGGACCAACUACCUCUGCAAACCACUGCUUGACCACAUGGCUAAUGUGACCAUAGAAAACAUAGACAAGGUUCAUUACUCUGCUACUUAUGCCACCCUGUUGCCUUUUGCUAUAUUAAACUACGACACGGUGAGAGUCGAUGAGUUGUUUGACGUAUGCGUUCAACAUCUCACACCAUUCGUUAGCUCAUUUGACCCUCAUCUGCUGGUCCUCCUGGCCUACGCCUUAGCCGUGGCUGACUGCUUUCCCGAAGAAGUGAUUCGGGAGAUUUUCAGCGUAGACUUCCUGGCCAAGCUGGAUGCACAGUUGGAGACCCUACCAGAUGCACUGAACAUGCGCGUGCGCCUGCGUCUGAUGGAGUUGAAUCGGGCUGUGUGUCUGGAAUGUCCUGAGUUCCAGGUGCCUUGGUUUCAUGAGCGUUACUGUCAACAGCUCCAGAAGAGAGGAAACACCUCAGUGAGCCCAAUCCAGCAGCAGAUCCACAGGAUGCUCGGAGAGGUUCUGGGAGGAAUUAACUGUGCCCGAGUGGCAGUGACUACACCUUAUUUUUACACAGUGGAUUUUGAGUGUGUCCUGGACAGACACGGGCGGCCGGUGCCAUACAGUGAGACGAACCAGCUUGGGGUCAGCGAAGAAGUGCGCUGGGAGUCUGGUCCCUCUGGUUCCUCUGGGAGAGAGGGGACAAAACUGGCCCCUGGAGCUCUACGUAUUGCCUUGGACUUCCUUGAUUCCAAAUCCUUCUGUAAGAAUUCCAGACACAUGAAAGGAGAAACCAUGAUGAGAAAAAGGCAUUUGGAAAUGUUGGGAUAUCAUGUUGUUCAGAUUCCCCAUUUUGAAUGGAAUUCUAUGGAGCUCUCCACCCCUGAUGCUUGGAAGGAAUAUUUAAGAAAGAAGAUAUUUACAGAAUUGCCUUGAAGCUUGUGUUUUAAACUCUCAGUGGAGACACUCAGGACUACAAACUGAAAAGCAUUUCACAGAGACAUCUAUCGGUAUAAAGGGAGACUUGGACUUGAAGAGAACUGGACUUUCACUGAAGACGGAUUGAU